ACAGAAACAAAGGUCUUUACAGCUUCCACUCUUGUAAGAAUGGAGAACCAAGUCCCUCCAGGUUCAAGCACUGAUCUAGCAACAUUGCUUCAAAAACCCUCAACUGGUACUGUAACAGAAACCAACUCGUGUGAAGCACCCCAACAGGCAAACCUCACUCAGUCACUGGUGUUCACUAAUUCCCAACAUGAUGAUCCAAUUUCAUCGGUGGAAGGCAACUCCAAUGCUGUGAAUUCCUACAAUCAGAACCUGUCUCCAGGGUUUGGGGAACUUGCAGCUGCAAAAGUCCCCAAUUCUUCAGGGUCCCAAUUACUUGAACAGUUGAAUUCGUCUGGUUUGGUAGAGAUUUCUGCACAGACCAGGAAAACAAAUAACAACACUUCUUGGGAAGACAAAUCAACUUCACAGUCAACAGUUCUGAGCCAGUUUGACUUCAAGACCCAGCCUGAGCCUUCACCUGUUUUGAGCCAGAUGACUCAACGGCAACAGCAGACCUCUGAACCAGUAUUAAAUACCUAUUCCACUCAGAUCAAGUUAAGAGAAUUGACUCCUGUUGACAGCACUGCUGUUAAAAUGAUACAACUGCUACCUAUCUCCACAGACAAUCAAAUAACCAAUGCUCAACAGAUACAGCAAAAACAACUUAAAACACAGAAGAGGAAAAUACCAACAUCAUCUAAA